CCUAAAUGCAGACGCUCUGGGGCUUUAUAGAGGAGGAGAGAAUGUGCUGUGUUACUAUCUCCAUAAGCACAGCCUGACAGCACUGUCUCCCUUGUAUCUUACAGGCUGCACAGUAUUGAUCUCUAGCAACAUUACCGAGGGGGUGAAACUCCACUUUGUACACAGGUAGACCAAGCUCUGACUAUUACACCACUGCUGAUCCUGACUCAGAGACACAAUCAUGGCCGUGGUAGAACCCUACGCUGUUCUGAACGAUGGCCACAGAAUUCCAGUUAUCGGAUUUGGGACGUAUGCACCUGAAAAGUUCUCAAAAAGCAUGUCAGGAGAGGGUACAAAGGUGGCCAUUGAGGUUGGGUACCGCCACAUCGAUGGUGCCUUCUUGUACGGUAAUGAGGUGGAGGUGGGUCGGGCCAUCAAGGAGAAAAUUGCAGAUGGAACCAUAAGGAGGGAGGACUUGUUCCAUACCGGGAAGCUCUGGAGCACCUUCCAUUCCCCAGAAUUGGUGCGCCCAGCUCUGGAAAAAUCCCUGAAAGACCUUCAGAUGGAUUAUUUGGACCUUUUCCUCAUUCACGUUCCUGUAGGAUUGAAGCCUGGAGAGGACAUACUACCAGUGGAUGAGAACGGAAAGUAUCUCUACAGCAACACAGACAUCCGGGACACCUGGGAAGCCAUGGAGAAGUGUAAAGACGCCGGACUUGUAAAAUCAAUUGGCGUUUCCCGCUUUAACCGUCGGCAGCUGGAGCUGAUCCUGAAUAAGCCGGACCUGAAGCACAAGCCGGUGUGCAAUCAGGUGGAAUGCCAUUUAUACCUGAGCCAGAGCAAGAUGCUUGAGUUCUGCAGGUCACACGACAUAGUGCUGGUGGGAUUCAGCGUCCUGGGAUCCAGCCGAGAUGAGACUUAUUGUAUCGGUCAGGGCGCUCCAGUACUCCUUGAGGAUCCGGUUUUGAAUGCAAUAGCGGAGAAGCUCGGUCGGACGCCCGCCCAAGUUGCCAUGCGACACCUAUUGCAGAGGGGCAUUGUGGUACUCGCCAAGAGCUUCACCCCAUCCAGGAUCAAACAGAACCUACAGGCUCUGGACUUCCAGCUCUCCGCAGAGGACAUGCGGUCUCUGGAGAAGCUGAACAGAAACAUGCGCUACGACAGCAUGUCAAUGUGGAUGGACCACCCGAAGUACCCCUUUCAUGACGAGUACUAAUAUAACAUGAGCACUUCCUGUUUACGCUGUGCCUUAUACUCCAUGAGAUAACCUGAGGUUACGGGAAACAAAAUGGAUGCGAGAAGUUAUGCUUGGAAUGUUUUUUUAUGUAUGUGUUAGGCUAAAAGGUACAAAGGGGUGUAGUAUGGUAUGCCGGCGGUCGGGUUCCCGGCGACCAGCAUACCGGCUACGGGAGCCUGACCGCCGGCAUACCGACAGUGUGGCGAGCGCAAAUGAGCCCCUUGCAGGCACGGUGCACGCUAUUUUAUUCUCCCUCCAGGGGGGUCAUGGACCCCCACGAGGGAGAAUAAGUGUCGGUAUGCCGGCUGUCAGGAUUCCGGCGCCGGUAUACUGUGCGCCGGGAUCCCGACAGCCGGCAUACUGAAGACCACCCGUACAAAGGAAUGUGUUAACAAGAACCGAGAGAAUGUGCCCUCUGUCCAUAUUUUGAUGAUACAGCUGCAUAAUCUAAUAUUAUAUGCCUUUUGUCUGUAGUAGAAAGAUAUAGAAUAAUGUAGCAAUAGAUUUGCUUAAAGUUGCUUUUGGUAUAAUGUUCUCAUGCACAAUAAAACAAUUACUAUUCAGUAAGUAAACUGCCCAA